AUGGUGGACAAAGAUGGACGAAACUUUCGUAUAUUAUAUUAUGAUACUCUAGGCUUACGAAACGUCGACCAAAGAAAAGCGUUAGAGAUACUACUGAAAGAUGAUCCAUUAGAUGUACAACGCAUUUCAACAUUCAGCACUCGUUUUAGCUUGCCUGCAGGGUACAGAACCCAUGUCUGGAAAGUGAUUUUAGCCUUCAGCAUGUUUUGAGAGUUAUAAGGAAAAUUUCAGAUGGAAAUGAAUUGCCUUACCAAAUGUCAAUGAUCUAUUUGUUGGAUGAGGGAGCUUUUCGAUUUGUAAAAGUACCAAAGAAUCUUGAAAGAAAAGCAGAAGCAAUGAGAUCUGUAGUGCAAGUGUUUAGUGAAAUGUUUGAAGAUGAAGUCGAUCUUUACUGGUUGUCUGCAAAGUUCAUGAAGUGUUUGGACCAGUCGGGACUACAGCUAGAGAAAUUGGCAAAUUUGAUUCAAUAUUACCUUCAAGCUGAAGAUAUCCAGCUUCAUAAACACUUAUCAAAUAUUGGAGCCUUUGAUGUCUUGCCAUACAAGAGGUGGUUUGAAAGUGGCUUUGCUGAGGAUAUUUCAGAUACAAGCAUGGAAAGGAUAUGGGACAAAGUAGUGAGUGGAUCUAGUAAGAUUCUUGUUUUUGUAGCUGUCAGUCUUCUGAUGGACUUAAGAAAACCACUCCUUAUGGAAAAAUCUACCCAGGCUGUUGAGAGGUUCCUAUGCAAGCCUGUCCCUGAAGACAACUUUGAGUGGAUAGUCGACAAAGCAAUGGAACUGUGGGACAAAUAUGGUGCUACUGUCAUUUCUGAUGCACCAACCAUGCACUGAGCCUGCUUGAUUAUCGUCACAGGAUAUGAGCUUUGUGCCUACAAGGAAGUCAAACUUGAGAUGUUUGUGUACCCCUUGGUCAGCCAUUUGUGUCAUUCAACCCCUCUCAUUCCAAGAAAUGGAGGGGCCAGUUGUUUAAAGAGCAGAUUACACUAAGUAACAGAUAAAUUGCUAUCUAGCUGAGAAGUGAUGGCAAAAUGCACUGCCCUAUCCACUGGAUAAAAAUUUAUUUAGUGGAUAGUGUUAUCCAAUCCUCAAACAACGGGAGCGUGGCAAGUAUCUAAUGCUGUCAUCACUGUGGAAUUUGGGGCUUGGAUUUUAGAUCAAGAGAGAUGGAAAUGGAAAGAAGAAGCCUUAAAACUGCAGCAAGAGUUGUUGGCUUAUUAAGAAAAACAAUUCCUUUGCAAAGUAAAACAUACAUCGCUAGCACUCUUAUGUUAUUGUUACUGGUCUUCAUUUUCUCUCCCAUGGGAGACAUGAGUAUAUUUUAAAAGCCAAGAUGUGGUGACCACGAGAUUGCCAAGAAAUGAACAAAACAGAGUUAAAAAAUCAGGAAACCACUGUUGAGAAAAGCACAACAUCAAGGCCAAGCUAUCCCUAGACUCAAUGAAAUGUGUGAAAAACAAGUUUUAUCGUGAGAAAAACUGUUUAUUAAAGAAUUGAUGUCUCCAACAGUCAACCAAUAACUUUAGAUAUUUCUGCUUACAGCAGUAAGCUACUAGUACUUUUCAUUGUUAAAAAAUGACAAAAAAUUAAUAUUUGCCAAUUUUGAGAUUUUUGUUCAAACCUGCCAUUCCACUUCUUAACCAGAUGUUACCUCAAAUGCUGUAAAACAUAAGAUGUUUCAUACUUAACACAGUGUUGGACAGAGUGCAGUAAAUUAACUUUGUAGCAUACAAUGCAGGCGAGCAAUUUACACUUUGUUGCCAUUUUGAAAUUAUUAAGUCUAUCUGUGUUAAUUUGUAAUUUAAAGUGAGAAAAAAAAAACAGUCUGAAGUCAUUUUUGUGCGCCAUUAACACGGACGAAAAGUACCCCUCACUUUCAUAAAAUAUUUGAGAUGGUAUGCAUGCUCUCAUUAGUCAAUAGGUGAGUUUUAGAUGAGUGUAUGCAGACACGGUUGUGAUAUCACACAUUCUUCCUUGUUGAUGAAUAUUUUACAAAUGCAAUAAAGGACAUUCU